UUUUUUUAUAUAUCCACAGAGUGAAGAGAUCCUAUGUAUCCACUACCUAAGAACCAAGUCUUCUAUUCAGAGGAACAACAAAAAGAUAAUGGUCAUGUAUAUUUCUAUUGAAGUAUUCUUAGCACAAGUGGUAGGCCUUCACCCUUGCAUUUUCCAAGUAUACAAAUCAGCUUUUCUGACUUCCAACCGCUGCAUUUGUUUCAUUUUUCUUCUGUACUUAAGAUCGUCUUCUCCCAACUGUAAUUGACAAAUGACAACCCCUUCCUCACCAACCUCACUAUAUGUAUAUACACAAACGUAUACAUACAUACAUACAGUGGGAGAGCUAGAAUUUUCACUAAUGGGAUCAAAUUAUAAAGAGGUAAAUGCAGGAAAAAGCCAACGGGUGUCAAUAUGUGUGUCAAUAUGUAUAUAUAUACAUAAAAAAAAAUUAUUUACCUAGCUACGCAGUUGUGAAAUUUUUCGACGAAGGGGUUGUCGGUUGACACCCCUUAAGUACAUGUGGCUUCGCCACUGUAUACAUACCCACGUUGUUCGUUUCAACAUAAACUUAUGUCCUUAUUAUACAAUCCUAUAUUUAUAAAUUAAUAAUUAGUUCGGAGUACGUGUAGUCUAUUGACUAGAUACACAUAUGUGCUUCGGUUACACUGACUAUAUAUAAAGAGCUAGAUCUUCAAUAUCUUUACUAAUUCUCAAAAAAAGAAAAAAAAAUCCAAAACAAAACUCAUAACUUGAUCUUCGUUCCAUAUUAGCAGUUUUAUCAAACACGUCAACUGUUUAGUGCUAGCUUGUAGCACUAAUAUUCAAAUGUGCAUCGGUUUUAUUACUUGUACUUCUCAGCUCAUCAGCAACUUUCAGUCCAUUAAAGACUAGAUUUUUCUUGGUGUAUUUGCACAAAGAUUCAAUUUUUUUUUUUUUUUUUUUGUUGGUAUUUUUCUGUGUUUCCAUUCAUGGGUUGUUCUGUUUCUCGUUCUUAUGACAUUGUUACCAGAGAUCUACAAAACCAAUCAAACUCAUUUUCAUCUACAACUUCACAGUCCCCAUAUUCCUUCUCUGAUUCUUCUUCAACUCCAAUUUCAAGAACACUCUUCCUACCGACACCUCUAAUUCACCAUCCACCUCUUUGUAAAGGUGACACCAAUCACUUAGUUUCACUUACUUCCUCUACCUAUGGAUCACUUGUGCUCGAUGAUCAACAAGACCCUUUAUCUCCUGAUUCAGCAAUCAACACUUGGGAGCUCAUGGAAGGCCUUGAUGACUUAGAUUUUCAUAUGGUUCAGUCCCCUGUGGAAGAGUCCCCUAGAAAGUCCAAGUGUAAAGUUCAUGAUAAUCAAGAAUUAGACACAGAGUUUGUUAAGUCGUAUGAGAUUGUUGAGCAUUCAGAUAUGAAGCCGUUGUGGAAGCAUUUGUCUGAGGCAAAAAUGGAUCCUAAUGUAGCUUUAAGUUAUAGAAAAGCAUUGUCUACCAAACAAUUUGAGCAUCAAGUAUCGGAAACAGUUAUGUCUGUGGAGUCAUCGAAUGAUAGUUCGAGUUCUUUGAGCUCGUUGUUGCCUAAUAGUGAUAUCUACUUAAGUGGUAUUGAAGAUAGGAUUGUUCUGUAUUUUACUAGUUUGAGGGGAAUCAGGAAGACUUAUGAAGAUUGCUGCUCCGUGCGUAUGAUCUUUAAAGGAUGUCGGGUAGGUGUAGACGAAAGGGAUAUCUCAAUGGAUUCAUCAUAUAAAAAGGAGUUACAAGAUGUUUUGGAAGGUAAAGCAAUGAGCUUGCCUCGAGUGUUUAUAAGAGGGAAGGACAUUGGUGGUGUAGAAGAGAUUAAGCAACUUCAUGAGACUGGUGAAUUGGUUAAGCUUUUGGAAGGUUUUCCGGUUAUGGAUGAUGGAUUUACUUGUGAAAGUUGUGGUGAGGCGAGGUUUAUACCGUGUCUUGGUUGCAAUGGAAGCCGGAAAUUGUUUGAAGAGGAGGAAGGGAAGUCACUUAGGUGUCCGCAUUGCAACGAAAAUGGAUUAAUUCGUUGCCCUGGAUGUUGUCCUUGAAUGCGGCUCUUGAUUGAUCAAGUGCAUGAUUCACUGAU